AUGAUUGUAAAAGUAAUAUUUCUACUGAUUGCUUCAAUUCGAGCAGAUUUUUCAAGCUUUUCAAAUCUUAAUUUUACAUUCGAAUUGGAACCAGUAGAAGGAUGUGUGAGUGAGCGGUAUCGCUGUAACGAAUUUCUUGAACGUCCAUGUUGCGAUGAAAGUAACGUAUGCACCUUCACGGGAUCGAUACAAGGAAUGGCUAUUUUGGCGUGCAUCAAAAAACAAAAAUUAGGAGAUGAUUGUGAACCCGAUUUGAAAUGUUUUUCUAUACCUCAUGCAUUAUGCAAUGACGACAAUAAAUGUGAAUGUGAGGAUGAUUAUAUCGAGAUCAACAAAACUGCUUGCGUAGCACUUAUCACUAGUUCAUGUUUAAGGGAUGAUGACUGUGAAAUCGAUAAUUCUAUUUGUGUUGACCGAAAGUGUACUUGCAAACCUGGAUUUUUUUCACUCUUCAACGACCAUUGCCAACCAACUCAUUUAGGGGAAUAUUGUUCAAGCGAUCACGAUUGUGGAGACAUUGAACAUGCAAUAUGUUCUGAAAAAAAAACAUGCGUAUGCAGAGCCGGUUAUUCUGUGAAGAAUAAUGCAAUUUGUGCUUCAAAUUUAGGCAAAUAUUGUAAAGAUAAUGGAUGUGCUCCGAAUGAUUCUUUUUGUGAGAAUAACGUGUGCCGUUGCAAAAACGGCUACAUACCUUCGUCUGACGGCAGUUGUAUGCCAACACUGAUAACAGCAUUUUGCUACACAGAUUAUGAUUGCAAGGACCCAAUCCACAUGGAAUGCAUUGAAAAUAAGUGUUUUUGCAAAAAAAAUCGUAUAGUCGUAAAUAAUUCGACUUGUGCAUCACUUUUGCUCCAAUUAUGUUAUAAUGAUGAAGAUUGUGCUGUUGAAAAUUCUGUUUGCAUUGAAAAUAAGUGCAAAUGUAAAAAUGAUUAUCUAAUGGAAAAUAGUACUACAUGCUCACAAACGCCAUUAGGAAGAACGUGUGCAUUUGAUUCUGAUUGUGGAACCAUCAUUCCCGCUCGCUGUUCAGCAGACAAUAAAUGUAUAUGUGCGAUGAGUUAUACAAACAUUGAAAACACAAAAUGCGAACUACUUUUGGGAGCAGAAUGUUCGGAAGAGAUACCUUGUGUAGCAGAAAACUCUGUUUGUGUUAACCAUAAUUGUGAAUGUAAAGCUAAUUUCAAAACCAAUUUAACCAAUGGUAUAUGUGAACCAACAUUACUAGGAAAAUAUUGCAAUCUAGCUUAUGAAUGUGAGGAUGUAUUCCAUAUGAAAUGCUAUGAGAACAAGUGUGUCUGCAGAGCAAACAAUGUUGUAGUAAAUUUUCAGUGUAGAUCACUUUUGGACGGGUAUUGUUGGUCUAAUGAAUAUUGUCUAACUUUUAACUCUGAGUGCAGAGAUCAUCAGUGUGAAUGCAAAAAGAACUACGAAAGAAUAUUGAAUGAUCGAUGCAUACCCAAACGAUAUGGACAGACUUGUGAACUCGAUGACGAUUGUAGACGUCUAAAUGUUCCAUGUUCUGAAAACAAGACUUGUGACUUGGAUGCUUUAAUCUUCAUUUAG